GAGAGAGAGAGAGAGAGAGAGAGAGAGACGUCAAGUCGCUGUUCAUCGUUUAUUGUUUUCCCCUCUUCCCAGUAUUUAACGUUAAAUCACAUCAUUUCAUUUCAGAAUUCAGAGGAAGCUAAAGCUACCCCCCUCGCCUCCCUAUACUGUUAAGACUGUACUCUCUCUCUCUCUCUCUUCUCUUCUCCCACCUUUAGCGCUCUCUCUUUUAUCUUCACCUUUUCUGUGUGUGUGUGUGGUUAGGGGUAGGGCUACCGGGGGGGGGGGGGGUGAUAUUCCCCAAUUCCCAGCAUUCUUUGCUUUCUGGUGUUUCUUUCUUUAAAAGCUUGGAAACCGAUCCGUUGUGGGUUUGUUUGUUUCUGAGCAAGGCCUGAAAGAAAAGAGGGGCGGGGAGAAAAAGGAACCUGUAUUGUUGUGGAAACUCACAUCCCACUUAAUCAGCUGUUUCGUUCCAUUCACUGUUUUUCAUUUUUAUUCCCGCCUCCCAUCCCAUUGGAGAGAGAGAGUGGGGAGAGAGAGAGAGAAAGGGAUCUUUCAUUCCCGAACAACAACACUGAAGAAAUGACUAAAGAAGAAGACGUUAAGUUCCUUAAGAUCCAGACUUGGGUGCUCAAAGUGAACAUACAUUGCGAUGGGUGCAAGCAGAAAGUGAAGAAACUGCUCCAGAGGAUUGAUGGCGUUUACCAAGUAAACCUGGAUGCAGAGCAGCAAAAAGUGACAGUUUCAGGUAGUGUUGACUCUGCAACUUUGAUCAAGAAGCUGGGCAAGGCUGGAAAGCAUGCGGAGCUUUGGUCACAGAAAGGCAACGCCCAAAAUCAGAAACAGAAGCCCAACAACUGCAUCAAAGAUGACAAAAACAACAAAGGCCCAAAGCAGAGGUUCCCUCCUGCAUUCAUCUCUGAGGAAGAUGGUGAUGACUACUUUGACGAGGACGAAGAAGAAUAUGAAGAGGAUGAGCUGAGGUUUCUCAGGAUGGAAGCAAACAAUGCAAAGAAAAACGUUGGAGCUGCAAUGGCUGCUGCAGCAGCUGCUUCCAACAAUGGUAAGAUGAACAACAACAACAACAUUGGAAAUGGGAAUUCUGCCGUGAAGAAAGGGAACCCAAAUCAUCCUAACAUUGGAAUGAUGAUACCUAACGCAAACCCAUCUGGGAUCGUUGAUCAGAAAACCCUGGAAGCAUUGAAAAUGAACAAUCUUGGCGGGCUUGGGGAGGCCAAAAGGGCUAGUGACAUCAAUGCUAUGAUGAAUCUCGCUGGAUUUCAUGGAAAUGGAGCUCCUAAAAAUGUUGCUACUGUUCUGGGACCCAAUCCCAGUGGAAUUGGAAUGGGAAUGGGAGGAGGAUUCCCAAAUGGUGGUUUAGCCACUGUUUACCAACCCUCCAUCCCAUCAUCAUCAUCAUCCAUGCUGAUGAACAUGAACAUGAAUAACCUGCAGCAGCCUCCAUCAAUGAUGAUGAACCUGCAGCAGCAGGACAGACAGCCCAUCCAACAACCCCAGAUGAUGUACCAAAGGGCCCCUUAUAUUCCGCCAAAUACUGGGUAUUACCACAACUACAACUAUAAUCCUCACAGUUACAAUAACUAUAGCCAAGUUCCAGCCCCGUACCCCUACGGAUCUGCUCACUCUGCAACCCAUAUGUUCAGCGACGAGAACACAAGCAGCUGUUCGAUAAUGUGACAUUAAUUAAUGUUGUCUAUCUACUCUUGUUGUGAAGUUUUUAAGCUUUUUUUUUUCUUCAUCACUCAGUUGUCAUUUUGUUCCCUUCUUCAGAACUGAGUUGAUAUCAAGCUAGUGAAUUGUGGGUUGGCUUUAAUGUAAUUCUGUAUUCUUGUUGCUAUAUAUGUAUAAUAUAUAUGCCGGUUUUUUUUA